GGGGCGGCAGCGGCGGCGGCGGCAGCUGGGGCUGGAGCCCGGAAGCGGCGCCGGAGACGGGCCUGGGCGGGUGGCGCGGAUGGAUCCAACAUGGCGGCACCGUGCCUGAGCUGAGAGAAGAGAACUGGAAAAUUCAGUUUCUUGCAGAGUACGGUGGGGAUUGCAGCUGUUGAGCAGAGAUUCUGGAAAGUAUUGCGCACCUGAGCUCCCAGCAUGGCGGGCCUCAAGCGGCCGGCAAGCCAGGUGUGGCCAGAAGAGCAUGGCGAGCAGGAGCACGGGCUGUAUGGCCUGCACCGCAUGUUUGUUAUUGUGGGCACCCAUCUGACACACAGAGAUGUGCGUGUGCUUUCUUUCCUCUUUGUUGAUGUCAUUGAUGACCACGAGCGUGGACUCAUCCGGAAUGGACGUGACUUCUUACUGGCGCUGGAGCGUCAGGGCCGCUGUGAUGAGAGUAACUUUCGCCAGGUGCUGCAGGUGCUGCGCAUCAUCACUCGCCAUGACCUGCUGCCCUAUGUCACCCUCAAGCGGAGACGGGCUGUGUGCCCUGAUCUUGUAGACAAGUAUCUGGAGGAGACAUCGAUUCGCUAUGUGACCCCCAGAGCUCUCAGUGAUCCAGAACCGAGGCCUCCCCAGCCCCCUAAAACAGUGCCUCCCCACUAUCCUGUGGUGUGCUGCCCCACUUCGGGUCCUCAGAUGUGUAGCAAGCGGCCAGCCCGAGGGAGAGCCACACUUGGGAGCCAGCGAAAACGCCGGAAGUCAGUGACACCAGAUCCCAAGGAAAAGCAGACAUGUGGUGAGGAAGUUCAAGGAUUCCAGAGGUGGAGCAGACUUGAGGGAAAAUAUGAAGAACUGUUGGGAUAUGGGGUAGUUUUCUGUUUCAGCACAUCAGGCUGCGGGUUCGGGCUGAAUACUGCCAGCACGAGACUGCUCUGCAGGGCAACGUCUUCUCUAACAAGCAGGACCCACUUGAGCGCCAGUUUGAGCGCUUUAACCAGGCCAACACCAUCCUCAAGUCCCGGGACCUGGGCUCCAUCAUCUGUGACAUCAAGUUCUCUGAGCUGACCUACCUCGAUGCAUUCUGGCGUGACUACAUCAAUGGCUCAUUACUAGAGGCACUUAAAGGUGUCUUCAUCACAGACUCCCUUAAGCAAGCUGUGGGCCAUGAAGCCAUCAAGCUGCUGGUGAAUGUGGACGAGGAGGACUAUGAGCUAGGCCGACAGAAACUCCUGAGGAACUUGAUGCUGCAAGCAUUGCCCUGACCUUUCCCCUUCUCGCUUCUCUGGGGACUGUUCCCACCACCCACCUCUGGAGCUUACAUACUGUUCUGGGGUUUGUUCUCUACCCUUCCAACCAAUCACACCCCUGCCUUUUUUUUUUUUUUUUUAAAGGAAAAGACAAAGGAAAUUGGAAGUGGUGUUCCCGCCCUCCCUGCACCCAUGUGCCUGGGCUUCCCCUUGUUUCCCUUUUCCACUUACCCUGAUGUGUCUCUACAGCCACCUUACCACGGAGCCAUAGACAAACGUAGAGAGAGAAGCAAAGUCUGUGGAACAUAGUCUUUGUAAGGGAUUGAACACUGCUUUUGGGUGCACUGAGGGACUAUCGAUACUUCUGGCUUUAUGAGGGCUCUUAAAUAUUGUCUGAAAAACCAAAGGGCUGUGAGUAAGGGAGCUAUGUGGAAGGUGGGACUCUGAAGUGUAUUUUGGAAAUUAAUCACUCACCCUCUUCCAAAUUACAGAAUUUAUAAAAAACAAAGGAGCUGUGGCCCUUUCCACUCUC